AAAAAUGCUACAGUGCAUUUAUCAUCACAACAAUUUGUAAAAACCUACAAGCAAAUUGUCGGUAGAUGCGAGAAGCAAAUUUGGCUCUGGAAGAACGAGUAUUUCCUACAGAACGGAAAUGGAGCAAAAUAUCAGACCGCAAUGGGAACAUGGGCUGUCAGAGGAGAGCCACCCAAGAUGACGUGGACAAGCAAAGCUCGUGCAAAGUCUUAAAUCCAGAAAGCUCUGUAGGGGAACGAAGCACUGAGCAAUCGCCCGGCCAUGGACAUCGGGAUGGCCAAAUUCACAGUCCGCCCGAUGAUCUGCGAACCCGUGAGUUCCCCCCUCUCGCACUCGAUUCAUCGCACUUCUCGUCUAGCUUUGCAAUUGCGUUGCCAUGCUCUAGAGAAUCGAUGGAACUUUCUCACGUGCGCGUCGGCUCGACAGCGCUGUCGUCUGGGCUCGUCGUCCUCGGGCAGUCGAGUUCGUAGCCAGAGGAAAGAGCGGCCGGAAUCGAAGUCGGCGAAAUUGCAACGCAGCGAGGUCGUCGAGCUUCUUGCGGUGGCGUUGAAGACUCUCAUGGAGCCUGAGAAUCAAAAGCGCCUGAGGGCGCGACUCUGCAAUCCGCAGCCGUCGAUCAGAGCUCCCCUUCUGCCUUCGGAGAAAAACGACGAUGCCGACGAGACUUCAGUCGACCUCCUCUCACAGCGACGACGGACAGAGGCGCCGUCGAUCAGAGCUCCCCUACUGCCUUUGGAGAAAAACGACGAUGACCUCCUCUCACCCUCCCUCUCCCUCUCCAUCUCUGCAAAAUUCGAAGCUCCUCCUCCUGCGCGCACUGAAGAAAUUCAAAGCUCCGACGACGACGAGGACUCGUCCCUGAGCACGAUGCGAAGACUGAAAACGCUCGACGUCCAUUCUUACGUGCACAAGGCCUUGAGGGAGAGCUUCUUGCGAUCGCACUUGCGGGCCCGGCAAAUCGAGGAACUCGAUUCUCGUCCUGUCGGUCGACGUCAUCACUUGCGGCCUCUAAUGUCUUCACGGCCGUCAAUUCACAAGGACCGAUUGAAUGAAUGCCCAGCAGCUCAAAAUCAGAGCAACGAUGGAAGGCAGGAAGGAAGCAGAUUGCCGGAGUCGGUGUCGGUGUCGGGGUCGAUGCAAUUUGAAAUUCAAUGUGAAAUUUGAAAUUUGAAAUUCGGGAAGUGAUCCAGAAAUUCGAUGGUGCCCGUUGGAUGAAUGUG